UGCAGGUCUCUGAAUGCAGCGGCCACCAGCUGCAGUUUUACUCCUGCCUUUAUUUGCUCUUUGGUACUGGAUUCUUCCCCCUCCCAAUGCCCUCAGCUCCUUUUUCAUCAGCUCUUUAAUUCCCCUGCCACUUCCAAGCUGGCCUCAAAGAGACCCCAAAAGCUUUCGGACUAUUUCCCGUCACCCUUCAUUAGCUAGCGUGCCGCAAACGAAGGCUACCAAAUUAGUCACCCGCCUCUGCCGCGGAGCAGCUGCUCGGUGUCAGACCAAAGGUCUGCCUGGCACCGGGCUGCUUCUCCCUCCCUUCCCCGUGCCUGCACCCAGGGAUGAAGGACCUUUCCUGGACAAAAAAACCUUAUUUUGCCCUUCCGUUGCAUGAUCCCUUUUAAAUAGCAAAAGAAACAAGGAGGUAAUGCCAACGGGCUGCUUGGAGGAGAUACUUUUCCUCCCUUUGUGCUUCCUUUUGCCUUUCUCUGAGCCUCUCUGUUUACCAAGCUAAUAAAGCCGGCUCUGUGCUGCCAGCUCUGGGCUGCACCUUUUCCCUGAAGCCCAGCCCAUCCCAAACAUGCAAAGCUUGUCCGGAAACCUUCUGCCAGCUUUGCCCGUUCAAAGUCACCUUGCCCCAAACCUUCAGCUCCACGCUUAGGGCUCGCUCGGCAAUCAUUAAUCGGCUUCUCCGCAUUCCCGGCAUGGAAAAAUGCCCCAGCGAGUAACCCUGCCCUGGCAGUCCGACAUGCAGCUGGCCGGCAAGCUGGUCCUCUCCGCCGCCGCUCUGCUCCUCCUGACUUUGGCAUACAGGUUUUAUAAGUCUCGCUCGCUUGCCGGGGGCAAAAUCCCGCCGGCCGACACGGGAGGAGAGCAGAGGGAAAACGCUGCCCGGGAUGGGGAUGGCGACGGUGCGACAGGUCUGCGACGGAGGAGGGUGUUUAGUGGGGAGGUGAGGAGGGAUGGCGGGGAUGGACAAGCGAGCGGACAAGCAAGCGGCCGUGGGACACGGCGCAUGCCUCCUCAGGGGGAUCGAAGUCUGCCAAGGGGUGAGGAGGAGGAGGAGGAGGAAGGAGAGGAGAUGGUUUCUUCUACACCAGGGCUGACUCACAGCAGAGCAGGGACGGCCAGGAGGGGAAGUGAGCUGGGAAGCGAGCUGGGAAGUGAGAUGGGAAGUAAGUCAGGAAACGAGCCAGGAAUUGAGCUGGAAAGUGAUCCGGGAAGCAAGCCAGGAAAUGAGCCGGGAAGCGAGCUGGCAAGCGAGCCAGGAACCGAGCCGGGAAGUAAUCUGGCAAGCGAGCCAGGAAGCGAGCCGAGCUCUUAUGACCCUGAAGACGCAGCCGAACCACUGAGCAGCCACAGGGAGGAGGGCACGCUUGCACCAAGCACUGGGCUUUCCCCAGGGAUCGCUAGUGCCCAGAUGGCAGGUGAUGGAUGCGCCCAAAGCAUGGAACAGGAUUUGGCUGUUGGAGGUGUGAGCCGGGAGGCCAAGGGGUGCUGGGGGAUGGUUCAGACCCUCAGCGUCACCUCAGACCUGGGUCUAAAAAUGACAGCAAGCAGCGCAGGGUCAGACACCUCCUACUCUUUCUCCUCGGUCGCAAAAAUCCAGGUGGAGGAGAACUACAUCCCUGAGCAGCGGGCAAAGGACGGGGCCAGGCAGCCGGUCUCUGGCCUCAAAGGCAAAGUCUACGACUACUACGUCCAGUCCAUCUCCCAGUCCGUGUCGAAGAAGAGGUGCCUCCCCUACAUCCCUCUGGGAACAUCCCAGCACUGCGGCUUAGAGCAGGUCAAGGAAAAACUGCAGAGCUUUGCAACCCAGGAGCCAGACCCAGUCUCAGCAAUACAGGAUCCCACCACCUCCUCCAUAGUUCCACCACCUACGGAGAGCUUGGAGAUCUCCCCUGAGUCACCAUCGCCUGGCCGCAAGGACAGCAUCCUCCAGAUUGCCGACAGCCCCCGCCUCCAGCUGCCCAUGGAGGGUUUUGGGGUCACGGUGCCAGCCGGCACACCACCUGCAAAUCCCCAGCCAGGGCUGGUGGCCAGUGCUGGCCUCUUCCAAAUGCCACCACCCACCCACCUGGACCUGGGGAACUGCUAUGAGGUCCUCUGCACAGCCAAGGCGCAGAAGCUCAGCCACCUCCAGGAAGCCGCCUACAAGGUGAUGAGUGACAACUACCUGCAAGUACUGAGGACACCCUCCAUCUACGGCCGUCUCAACGCCCGUGAGCGGGAGCUCAUCCUGCGGCAGAGGAUGAAGGGGAAGAUGUACAUGGCUGUGGCAGACAUCAACGUGCAGGAGCCUGGCCUCCAGACCAGCCGCCUGUGCUACUACGAUGACGGAGGGGACUGCUGGCAUCACCUCUGCCGCGUGCCACCGGAGGUGGUCUCCCGGGGGUGCGCCAUGUGCAGCAUGUUCAACUACCUCUUCGUGGUGGCCGGCUGUGAGGGCACAGGCCAGAUGCAGAGACCCUCCAACCGUGUCUUCUGCUACGAUCCCCUGACCAGCAUCUGGAGGGAGAUCUGCCCCCUGAACCAAGCACGGCCGCACUGCAAGCUUGUGGCCUUGGAUGGCCACCUUUACGCCAUUGGUGGCGAGUGCCUCUACACGGUGGAGCGCUACAACCCCCGGCAGGACCGCUGGACCUUCACCGCACCCCUGCCCCAUGACACCUUUGCUGUGGCCCACACGGCCACGGUGUGUGAUGGGGAGAUCUAUGUGACGGGGGGCACCUUGCGCUACAUGCUGCUGCGUUACACCGCCCGCUCGGACAGCUGGAGGGUCACCCUGGCCGGCGGUGGCAAGGACAGGACAGCUGAGAUGGUGAGCGCUAACGGCUUCAUCUACCGCUUUGACCUCCAUCGCAGCAUGGGCAUCGGCGUCUACCGCUGCAGCGCCAAGGCCAAGCUAUGGUAUGAGUGUGCCACCUACGCCAUGCCCAACCCAUCCGGCUUCCAGUGCGCCGUGAUGGGCAGCCUCGUCCACUGUGUUGGCCGGCGCUUCCACAUACGCUUCUUGGCCGACCACAUCUCACCACGCUUCGGGACCAAGGAGCUUCAGCCCUUCCCAUCACCCCGCGGCAGCAUCCUCCCAGCCGUCCUGGUGCUGCCAGAGGGAGGGACGGCGCAAACACAGGUUUGAGGGAUCCGUGCUGGGGUCUUACGCAGCAGUGGUGGUGGCUCAGAUGUGACACAAUGGUGAAAGCCAGUAGAAGAAGCCACCAGCACUCAUUGAACCACAUAGCAUGGGACCAACACUACCAGGGUAAUGUGAUCCACACCCACCAUCAAGCAGGCAUCCUCCCAGUCCCUGUAAGUAAGGAAGGAGACAAACUGUCCUUGAAUACUACCUGUAAACCCAGCCUUGAGGACACAAGGAAGAGCAAAGCAAGAGUUGGGUGGACUCGUUUGCUUAGAGGUAUUUAAACAUAGGCGUGCUUGCUUGGAUGCAAAUAAACCACGGCUCGCUGCAGGCUCCCAGCUGUGCACUGCCCGAUAAGUAGCUGCUUUACACACCGGGUGUUUAAUAUUGACCUGGACAUGCAACACGUGGGGGAUUUUAGGGUGGAGGAACACAGCAGGGAGGUUUGAUCCCUAAGGAGGUAUCACCCAAAGGUCAGCCCCAUCAGCAUCAAGCCAACAUUGAGCCUUCAGGCUUGACCGCACACAUCACCCCAGAGUUGGAGGGUGGGGGCCAGAGGGCAUUGCUCCUACCAGUGCCUUGUUAUCUGUUACAUUCUCCUCAGCACAGAAUUUUGUAUCUAUAUAUAUAUAAUUUAUAUGCAUACGAUGUAAAUAGGCACUAUAGAUUUAUAGACAGCUGGUCUUAAAUGAAAUUAAAGUGA